AUGGAACAUCUAACGCCGCCCCAGGAAGUUGGUACAUUAAAGCAUUGGCUGAAAAUUGUAAGGGACCAUAUGACGUGUACUAAUAUCGAAGAUGAGCCUGAGGAGGACGCGAUCGUGACUGAAGUGGAAGAGACCGCUUCCACCUUCAGUUUCCCCAGUACGUUGCCGUCAGGCCCCUCCGAUGGGUCUGCCGCGUUGAAGCCACCGAAACCACCAAUCGCUGCCCAAGUACACCAGGACCCAUGCCCUUCCGACGCCGUGGCGAAACCGGCCGCUUGGCGGUUCCAGCGACGACUUGUUGCCGAUAAGUUGCACUUUUCGGUGUCCACGUGCCCGGACGUGUUGGCCGCGCACGUGGCCUGGAGGUGCGCAUUCAACACGGUCGUCGAUCUGUUUUGCGGUGUCGGCCGCCUGGCCGUUCGGCUGGCGCGCACGUACCGAAAGAUGAUCGCCGUGGACAACAAUCCGGCCAAAAUAAGGUUGGCCCUCCGAAAAGCCGUGGAGCUCGGUGUCGCCCACCGCAUUGAGUUUCGGAUCGGCGACUGCUUCGCGGUGCUGCCCGGAGUGACGUCCGACGCGGUGAUCACCUCUCCACCGUGGGCGGCCCCGGCGUGGGAUCGAAACCGUCGGUUCAGUGCCGAAGAUUUGUGCAGUCGCCAGAAGGGUGGACUAGCCGGUAUACUGGAGAUGGCACGAGAGAUCGCCCCCAGAGUCGUUCUCCACGUACCCAAAACUAUCCACAUCCCCCUGUGCAAUAAUGUGUACUAUAAACAUACAAGGUAUGUUUCCAUAUAA